AACGUCAAAAACGCGAUUUUGGAUGAUGUAUUGUCCUCACUCUGUCUAUUCAUUCUUUUCUUUGUCUAUUCAAUGAAUAUUGAAUCAUCUACUACAUGUUUUUUCUCUCUAAAUUCAUCCAUUGUCCAUUGAUAUUUACUUUUCUUUCUCUCUCCUCCAUUUUCUCCCUUGUUUUACUUCUACAACUCUUUAUUUUCAUCCUUUUUCUAUCUGGGUUUUUCUUGAAUUCAAUUGGGUUUUGUUUAUUUUCUUAGAAUUAGGAGGAAAUCUUUAAGAGAUGAUGAUGACUAUGGAAGGAUCAAUGGAUGAAAAUGUGCUGGAUGAUAUAAUUAGGAGAUUAUUGGAAGGUACAGGAGGUAAACAGGUUCAGUUAUCUGAAGGGGAAAUCAGACAACUUUGUGUUAACGCCAGAAAUAUCUUCCUUUCUCAACCUAAUCUCCUUCAACUUCAUGCCCCCAUUAGAAUUUGUGGUGAUAUACAUGGGCAAUACCAAGACCUUUUGAGGCUUUUUGAAUAUGGAGGCUAUCCCCCGGCGGCAAAUUAUCUCUUCCUUGGAGAUUAUGUAGACCGUGGCAAGCAAAGUUUGGAGACAAUUUGUUUGCUUCUAGCAUACAAAAUACGAUACCCUGAUAGAGUUUUCCUUUUAAGAGGCAACCAUGAAGAUGCAAAAAUUAAUCGUGUUUAUGGGUUUUAUGACGAGUGUAAAAGAAGAUUUAAUGUUCGUUUAUGGAAGAUUUUUACUGAUUGCUUCAACUGCUUGCCGGUUGCUGCACUUAUCGAUGAAAAGAUUCUUUGUAUGCAUGGAGGCCUGUCUCCGGAUCUCCAUGAUUUGAAACAAAUAGACGAGAUUCAGAGACCAACCGAGAUACCAGAUAACGGUCUUCUCUGUGACCUUCUCUGGGCUGAUCCAGCCAGAAACGAAGGCUGGGCAGAUAGCGACCGAGGUGUUUCAUGUACAUUUGGAUCUGAUGUUGUUGCUGAGUUUCUAGACAAGAAUGAUCUCGAUCUGAUUUGUCGUGGUCAUCAGGUUGUAGAAGAUGGAUAUGAAUUCUUUGCUAAGCGAAGAUUAGUUACAAUAUUUUCAGCGCCAAACUAUGGCGGAGAGUUUGACAAUGCCGGAGCCCUUUUGAGUGUUGAUGAAGCCCUAGUAUGCUCUUUUGAGAUAUUGAAGCCACGCGACCAAGGAAGUAGUUCUAAUGUGCAACUUAAGAAGGUUCCUAAACUUGGAGGCGCCUGAUGAAAACUUGUAUAUGUAUACGAAGACCACGCAGUUGAAAUUUGGAGUAUCCUUCGGAAUUCACAUUUCUUGUAGAUACGUUUAAAGGUAAUGAAGACCAUCAAAUUCAACCGAGUUGAGGGUUGCGAUUACUGGAAUGAUAAGUUCAUCCGACAACAUGUAAAUCGAACACCAUAUUCUUUUUCUCUGGAAUUCACAUUUCUAUUCUUUUUCCUUAAAAGCUAUAGGCUCUUCCGUCCCCCUAUUUUCUUUUACUUGUAUUUCGUGGUCGUCAUUUUGUAGGCAGAAUACGAAGAAUUUUAGGUUAGCUUCCCGUAUUAUGCUGUUCGUUUUACUACCUUUGUGUAUCGGAGAGUAUGUCGCAUGCUUUGCUCUUGGCAGAGGCAUUUAAGAUCUUAAUGUAGUGUUUAGUCGGAUCAUUAACUUUUGUAAUAUACGUUUGUUCAAACAUAUCAAAUUCAAAAUUACUCUAUUUCUUUUUUUAUCACAUUUACCUAUUUUAUUUUA